UUCGUUUAAUGGUUAUUGUGAGCCUUAUUCUCCAGUUUCUUCUCGUGUUUUUUGGGAAGAAACGAAAGGAAUACACAGGAAGUUGGGUACCAUUUUUUGCAAUCAGUGCAUGGUUAAUAUAUCUCUCAGCAGAUUGGAUGGCAACCCUAGUGCUGAGUACCCUUCUUAGGGGCAGCAUGGAAUUGAACAAUGAACUCAUUGUAUUCUGGACGCCCUUUCUUCUAUGGCAUCUCGGCAACCCAUACAAUAUUACAGCUUACUCCUUCGAAGACAAUGAGCUAUGGUUGAGACACUUUCUUGGGAUGGUCAUCCAAAUUGCAGAGGCAAUAUACAUCUACGUCAGGUUUCGAUCAAACACUAUACUGAAUGCUAUGGCUCUUCCAUUAUUCAUUGCUGGAGUUAUCAAGUGUGCAGAAAGGAUAUGGGCUCUCAGAUGUGCAAGCCAAAAACAGCUCAUAAAAUCCUUUUACUCAAGCCCGAUUUCUAAAAUUCCAAACGAGAAUAAUGUUAUUGGUAACCUGAAAGAAAUGAUCCGAACAGGCCUUUUUGAUCUUUCAAAGAAGAAGGAUUUUAUAGGAGAUCCAAGCAUUCCAUCGGAGGUUAAAUAUCUUCGGGAGGCAGAUUUAUCAUUUCAUAUUUUCAAACCUCUCUUUUCAGACCUCCCAUUUCAGAUUUCGCAAGAGUUCCAUGAUAAAAUGGUCUAUCUGAGCAAUUAUACAAUUGCUGAUGAGGCCUUCAAUUUUGUGGGGAUUGAACUUGAAUUCCUUUAUGAUUUGCUCUACACCAAGAACCCCAUACAAUACGGACAACAUCUUGCGAGCCUAAUUCUUCGCAGCAUCUACUUUUUCUUUGUUAUUUCUGUACUAUUUGCUUUCUCAGCUCUCCUUCAUAAAAUCAAGCAUUCCACAGUUGACACCACCGUGACCUACUUGCUACUGUCAGGGGCUGUUUUACUGGAGAUCUAUUCAUUUUUUAUGCACCUUCGGUGUAAGUGGACAAUGUUGAGGUAUGCAGUUCCUCGAGACAAGUUGCAGAAAUUGUACCAUCGGCUUGUUGAUCACAGGUUACGUUCAAUUAGGUCAAGGAAGGGGAUUCAAAAAAUGGCACAACAUGAUCUGAUAGAUUAUUGUGUCAAAUUCAAGGCAAACCGGUUUAGUCAAGCCUUAAAGUUUAUAGACACUGGCAACCUUUUGCAAAAGUUUGGGCAUACCGAGUGGAAGCCAGUAGAUACUAACUUGAAGGAAUUCAUUUAUUGUCAACUGAAAGAAAAGCGUUUAAGGUACCAGAAGGAGGGUUUUAAACACGAGUAUCUGCACAAGUUGUUAGGGGAGAAAGGUGAUACUGCAAUCAAGGAGAAAGAUCUUCCUCUUGAAAAUGGGUCUUGGAAUAUGGAAUCAACAGAUUUUACCCGUCGCAUCUUUGUUUGGCAUAUUGCAACCGCACUUGUUUACUACGAUGAUAUUGACAGGCAUCGAAGAGGUACAUCCGAUUCAUUCCUCCAGAUUGGCAAGUCUUUGUCUGAUUACAUGAUGUAUCUGGUAUUGGUACGUCCAGCAAUGCUGCCCAAUGGAUUCAGUGACAUGGUAAACAACGAAACUUACUCUCAAAGCCAGAGGAUUUCUCCUCAGACGAAAACGGAAAAAAACUUGAAGGUGUCGGUGAAGAAAUUUGUUGCGGCAUUAAUACAUUUGCCCUCUGCGCCUACUGAAUCAUCUGAAAUUGGGGCACUACUGGAAGGGGCCAAGUUUGCCCAGCAAUUACAAAGUUUGGUAACAGAACAUAGGUGGGAUGAGGGGGAGAAGUGGAAAUUGAUCAGUGAGGUAUGGCUGGAAAUGAUGAUUUAUGCUGCUAGUCGUUGCACAUGGGAAGAGCAUGCGCAGCAAUUGAGGCAUGGUGGAGAGCUGCUCACUCACGUUUCUCUUCUUAUGGCACAUCUUGGUUUAAGUACCAACGUCCACAGACUAGAAAUAUCUCCUGAUGAUAUUUUCUAAUUUACUUUUUUUUUUUUUUAAUUUUGAGCAUUUGACCUCCAUUAUAUCCUUC